AUGGCGCCCAAGAUACUCGAACCAUCCUACCCUACACAAAGUCUACAAUUCCUUCGGCACCACAAUAUAUCUGCUUCGCAAAAUGGAAGAAACGAAAAUCAAGACUCGGCUAAGGUACCACGGGCGGCUGUCCUGCUAAAUAUCAUCAUUGUUGGGGCUGGCUUAGGAGGACUUGCAACAGCUAUUGCUUUAUCCCGCCGAGGUCACACUGUAACUGUUCUUGAGCAGGCGCCAGCCCUCGGAGAGGCAAGCCCUGUCGGAGCGGGAAUACAAAUACCAUCGAAUUCAACACGGCUUCUCCUGAGUUGGGGGUUAGGGGACUUCUUCGGCAGCAAAGUUACUGAGCCGGAGGGUAUGAGCUUUCUGCGUUGGCAAAAUGGCGAGAAAAUCGGAUACACGAAGCUUGUGCCAGAUUUCCAAGAGAACUUCGGUGCCCCGUACUACGUCGUGCAUAGAGCGCAUUUCCAUGAUGCUCUAUACAGAUGUGCAUUGAAGUUGGGAGUUAUUGUGCACGUGGGGUGCAAAGUUGAAGCAUAUAAUGCAGAUGCUGGGGCUGUCCAGCUAGCAAAUGGAGUCUCGUACACAGGAGAUUUGGUUGUAGCAGCCGAUGGGAUCAACUCCAUUGCUCGACGAGAAAUCCUAAAGGAGAACGACAAGAAGCCUACUGCAACUGGAUUCGCUGCUUAUCGUGCUACUGUUGAUGUCGAGAAGAUCAAAGCCGAUCCGGAACUUGCGUGGUUAUUGGAAAAGCCGUCUCUAAAUAUAUGGAUUGGAGAAGACAGACAUGUCAUGACUUAUACAAUUGCUGGCGGAAAAUCAUUCAACAUGGUGUUGUCGCACGUAGAUCGUUCAGACCCAGCGACUUGGAGAGCAGACACUGCCAUUGAGGACAUGCACAAAUACUUUCAUGACUGGGAUCCACGCCUAGUGAAGAUUAUACGAAUGAUCGAACGGACUAUCAAAUGGCCUUUGAUGAACAUAACCGGUCUCCCAAAAUGGGUGGCGUCCUCCAAUCGCUUGCUGAUACUUGGCGAUGCAGCACAUGCCAUGGUACCUUAUAUGUCUCAAGGAGCCGCAAUGGCAGUAGAAGAUGGGGCCGCUCUCGGGGAAGCUCUCAGCCUUAUCAGUCAUCGUGCUCAGGUGCCUCUCGCGCUAGAGGUUUUUGAGCAAGUACGUAUGAAGCGCAGUUAUCAAAUGCAGGAAGCAAGUCUUCUGAAUGGUAAUAUUUGGCAUUUCCCGGAUGGCCCAGAGCAGAGGGCACGAGAUGAAGCGAUGAGACCCGAGGUAGAAGGGAAGCAUUUCCUCUCCAGUGCAAAUCAAUGGAGUGAUCCGGUAACUCAGUGGUGGGCAUAUGGGUAUAAUGCAGAGACUGAGGUAGCCAAAGUUUGGGGACGUAGACACGCAGCUCUCGGUUCCGUUUUGGAUGAAAGCCAGAAUGGAUUCGAGAGGCUCAAGGUCAACGGCAAUCAGGCAAAUGGACAUUGACUCCGGUUCAACUUCGUAUAUAUCACUACUUUUAAAUCAUCUCGUUAUCGACACAGCUGUGUUCGCGCUAAUCUCAAAAAUGCUAUAAUUAGCCCGCGAUGACAAUACUUUAUAAUGAAUUGAACUGCUG